AUGGCCUGGAGGCUAGCCCCAGAAGUGCAGCAGGCCUGGGGGUCCCGCAGCGCCGUGGCCUGCAUCCCCAGCGUCCCGGGACCCUCCGGGGCCAGCCUCCAGACAUGUCCUGUGGUCCCAGGGUCCACCUUCACUGGGAUGGCCCGGGAAUCCUGCCAGGCCUGCAGUCCCCAACCCCCGAGAGCAGACCCUGGGCCCGCUGCUGCUGGGCAGAUGGGGCACUGGGCCGGGGGCCGGGGGGCCAGCCCCAGAGGUGAGCCGGCCACCUGGCUGUCUGCUCCCAGCGAGCAGGGACGGGAGAUGGGGCACCCCCCGGGCCCCCACAGCACCCCGGCCCCGGAGGGCACCACGGCUGUACCCGGGUUCAUUCCGGACCUCAUCGUCAGGCUCCCCUGGCCCCGCUGGGUGCUCAUUGCCAUCGCUGUGGCAGCUGGUGUCCUCACGGUCUCCUGCAUCCUCUGUGCCGCCUGCUACCACCACGGCCACAGGAAGAAGCCCAGGGACAGGGAGGCUGUGGGCCUGGGCAGUCCUCAAGGGACCACCACCAGCACCCACCUGGGGAGGAGCAGGCACCAGCGCUCCCCGGUGCAACCGGACAUGGAUAACUCGGAGACUGCCCCGGGCCCUCAGCACUGGGGACGCCUGCAGCUCUCCCUGGAGUAUGACUUUGGAAGGCAGGAAAUCAAAGUGGGCCUCAAGCAGGCUGCAGACCUGAGGACCUGUGGUCCGGGCGGCAUGGCGGACCCCUAUGCCUGAGUCAGCCUGUCUAGCCAGGCAGGGCACGGGCACGAGAUGAAGGUGCACCACGGCAGGCUCUGCCCCACGUUCCAGGAGACCUGCUGCUUCCACAUGCGUCUGGGCUGGGUACUGCAGGAAGAGCUGUCUCGGACCACCCUGCGGGUGCGGGUGCUGAGCUUCAGGCGCUUCUCUGCCGACGAGCUGCUGGGCGAGCUCAGCCUGACGCUGGGUGCCGUCGACCUGCAGCACAUCCUAGAGCAGUGGUACCAGCUGGGCCCGCCGGGCGCCACGGAACCUGAGCAGUCCAGAGAGCUGUGCUUCUGGCUCCGGUAUGUGCCCAGCUCAGGCAGGCUGACUGUGGUCGUGCUGGAGGCGCGAGGCCUGAGCCCGGGCCUGGCAGACCCCUAUGUGAAGGUCCAGCUCAUGCUGAACCAGAGGAAGUGGAGGAAGAGAAAGACUUUGGCUCGCAAGGGCACAGCCGCCCCCUACUUCAACAAGGUCUUUACCUUCCUUGUGCCCUUCAGUCAGAUCCAGAGUGUGGAUCUGGUGCUGGCUGUCUGGGCCCGGGGCCCACGGGUUCAGGCUGAGCCCGUGGGCAAGGUGCUGCUUGGCGCCCGGGCCUCCGGUCAGCCUCUGCAGCACUGGGCGGACAUGCUGGCCCACACCCGGCGGCCUGUUGCCCAGUGGUACCACCUGCAGCCGGCCAGGGCGGCGGACUGGGCUCUGGCCCUAAAGCCCCACCUGCACCUGCCCUUUCCUGGCUCCCGGGACUGA